AUGCCUCCGCUACCAGGCGAGGAGCGCCUUUUGACCGCUUUUGCCGACAUCCAUUACUACUUCACUGCGCCGGCCCCAAAGCCUCUCCAUCAUCGCUUUGAUAAGGGUUCCUACUUGUACAUCUACCACGAUGCCGCUCAAAACAAGGCGCGAGUCGAGAUUGCCAAUAAUCCAGGAACGGCAGACCAAGAUGCAUUCCACGGUGCUUUGGACAACGUACAUAUCCGUCACUCGGCUCGAUUCCCAACUCUUUGCACGUUGACCGUGGAUGGAGUCAGCAAUUCCCCUCAACCCCAGCAUACAUCUCAGUACGAAUGGCGACUGCCAAGCGGAGACCCCCGCAAUGAGCGGCAUAGCCUCCUGCGCCUCCACACGCUGGACAUCUACUUCUGGGUUCUGGACGAUGCCAACCAGUUCUUGGAUACUGCCAGCCAUGUACUCUCAACUUCGCAGGUCGAGUCGGAUAGGGUCAACAUUACACAAUCAGAACAGCCGAUGAGCUCCGUGGUUCAGCAAUUAGAGAGUAUCGCGGUCUCAGAUCCUGCAUACCAAAAUGGCCAGACUCGUAAUUCUCGAUCUGAACCUACUCCUAUCUCAGCGCCAGCUUCUCAGGUCUAUGAGCUUCCCCCCCCUCCUCCAAGCGCCCCCCAGGCCGAUCAACAAGCGAAUGUUGAACAGCCACCUGCCGAGGAAAAGAAAGAGCCGGAGAAUUUUGCCCCUCUUCCAUAUAACCCCGCCGCCCCAGCAGCACCAGAGCCGAUCAAACACCGCGAGAAGACCCCUCCACCAGAGGAUGGCACAGAGGGCACAGGGCUAAUGGCAGCCGUUGCCGCAGACCACGGCAUCCCAUAUACACCCCCACACCAAGUCGGCGGAGGCGCACCCUCAUUCGCACAACCACAAACUUCAACACCCGGAGCACCAUACCCAGGCGCACCAGCCAUGUCCCCAACAGGCUACGCCUCCCCUCCACCCAGCGCCGGUCUACCAAGAUCAGCCACAUUCCCUUUUCAACAAUCCGUCCAAAGCCCCGGUCUCCCAUCCUACCAGCAAGCCUUCCAGACCGGCCAAGCAUGGCCAGGCUCGCCAGGCGCAAUUUCCUUCGCUCAGUCGCCACAAGAUCCAAACGCACACCUGUAUGCACAGCAAGCGUACGGAUCUCCGCAGUCACCACCUCAGCAAGGGCCGAUUGGAGGGUACUCGAAUUACUCGUAUAGUCAGCCGUCGGCGGGUCAUCAGCCUGGGUCGUCCGAAUAUGAUAUCCAUAGCCAGGUGUACCGACCUACUGAGGCGGAAGUGGGAUCGCACGGUCAAAAGUAUGCGCAGCGGGCUAUGAAAGCCCCGGCGCAGCGACCGAGGAAGUUGGAGGAUAGUGCGGCAAAGUUGGAGAGUGGGGUGAAUAGGUUUUUGAAGAAGCUUGAGAAAAAGCUGUGA